AUGAUCUCCGCCAACUUCCGUGACAUUCAACACCGAUUCUACGACAACCCUGGCUGGGCUCCUCAGCGCCGCGAGCUGGAGCUGGUCGCAACCCUUACUGAACGUCGUAUUGACAUGGGUAGUAAGAGUCCUGCGGACCACUUCUACCAGCUUUACUACGCACAACACAACAACGUACAAGAGAUGCGACAAGCUCUGAUCACUCCUUCAGAUGAUCCAUUCGUAUUUCGCUCCAUUCUAGACGAGUUCGUCUUCACCGAGAAUAGCAUCGUAGAAGCCUGGAACAUGUCCCGUUUAGGCGGUGUCACUGCACGCAUCCCUGAGGCCGACAUCCCCAACGACAUCAAGAACUUUCCUCUUCGAAGCGCAGCGGACGAUCUCCUCAGCCAUGAAGGUCGCGCGUGGAUUCCGCCAAAUUUACCGCUUCAUCGUCGCACCUUUGGAAACGGGCCAUCCAUUCCCUUAUCCAGCGCUCCUCUCGACCAGUUCAUGCGCCCAGAGCCCACAAUGGCUCCACAUACGGCACCUGCUCCCAAGCUCAGCGGUGCAGAGCUCAAGCAUCAUGAAAAAGAAAAGCCCUUGCCAAAUCCCCUUACGAUCGCAGCACGCAUUGCUGGAAAAAUGGCGUUUGCUGCAAACAAAGCGCAGAUUGGAAGCCAUAAUUUGAUCAUGAACAAUGCUCCAGCCGGCCUUCAUACUUCCACGCAGAACCAAGUUCGGAUCGCGCCCCUUUUUAACCCUACGGCUGCAGUAAUGACCCCAACUGCAAGCAAGGCGCCGGUUGGCAGCCAUCAUUGGAGUACAGGCAAUGCUUCAGCUGCUUCUAAGGAUCAUCCGCCGCACCAGGCACAGGUCGCACCCCCGGUUCCCGCUAAGCGCACGAAUGCCUUUGUUAGGAAGGGCUCCCUUGUACGCAAUCUACUACCUGUUCAAAAGGCCAGCCGUCAAAAGACGGGCCCACGCAAGACGAGCUCACGCACGACGAGCCCUCGAAAGGCGAUCGAGUUGGAUCCCGAGUCCAGCAGCGACGAGGACCGCUCGUUCCAGGGCUCCAAACGGGCCAUUGCUCAGGGUCGCAAGAAUGCCCGUGAUGGCAUUGUUCGUCGCUCUGGUCGUGCUCGAAAGCUCGUUUACGGUUCGCUAGAUGAGGAAACCUUGAACGGCAAUGGAGUUGAUGUUAAUGAUAAAAUUAACACUAGUGAGAAGAUUUCCGAGAUGGCCGGAAUCGAGAUGGUGUACUCGGAUUCCGAUAAUCGAAGCGAGACUAGCGCAGGCCAUGUCGAUACCAUGGAUGGAGAGGGAAAGACUAUUAAUGGCAAUAUUCCACGGACUGAGCAAGAUCUUGAUGCUGUCGUUGACAAGGCUCGACAAAAAUCGGAAGACUGUGAGGAGUCUGAUAAGGACCUAUCAGACGUCCCAGACGACCUGUCAGAUAUGGAGCUUGGAAAUAUGGGUUGCGGCUACAUUCGCAACAGUGAGGAUGAUCAACAAGCUGCGGGCGAUGCGGCUUCCGCUUCGUUCGGCUCUCCAGAGGUGUCGCAUGUCUCAGCCCUAUCGAACGAUACAGACGAGCCCGACGAUCAUCACGAAGUCGACGUGACCCAGUCUGACGGCGAGGACUCUGAGGAUGAGCAUCCGGAAGACGAGAGCUCUGCUGACGAGUAUGUGCAUCAUGCCGCCGCCGAUGAGAACGCUUGUGUAGAGGACAUAUACGACUUUUCGUGGAUCGAUCACUCCGACGUGCCUACUAAUGAGCCAGACAACGAUUCUACCAGCGACUACGAGCCCGCCCCGAAGAAGCGUCGUCAUCAUUGA